AACUGUACAGUGUUUUUCACUUUUGAAAACUCAUACCCCAUUUCCCACAUUUUCUCUCUCCCCAAACACCAUUUCCCCCUUCACUUUCCUGAAUUUUUCCGUCACGCAUUGGCCUUUCAAUCCCAUGGCGGAUAUAGCAAAGUACAUGCCUAUCAAUGGCGGAACAACCGUCGCUACAGACUUUAAGAACCUCUUUUCGAUCAUCAAAACCAGAAGAACCGUGGCUUUCUUCGUGUUUGCCUUCGUCGGUUUCACUGUCUUCUUAGCCUUUUGCCCGUCUUCAAACUCUUCUUCUCCCUGGGUUUCCAGCAUCUUUUCUGCUAGUUCAUCCACUUCCACAACUGCCAGCUCUCAAAGAUCUCAAUUCCCUUCCCUCUUUAAUUUCUUUUUUCCCAACACUUCUUCUCCACUUCAACAACAAAGCAUUAACUUCACCUCUAUUAAUCGUACCAGAUCUUUGAACGAAACCAAUCUACUCCCUAGUUCGAGAAGCACAACUUUUUUGCCUCCCAAUACAAGUACAAACAAAACCCAAAGUUCAGUUUUGCAUGCAAAUCAGACCAAAGCUUCUUCUCCAAAUGUUAAUGGAAAUCCACCCAUCACAAGCCAUCAGACCGAGAAGAAAGAGAAUUCCGAUGAAGACCAGCAGGUUAAUCAGACUACAACAGUCACUGAAACAACUCUGGCGGUAGCGGUAUCUAACCUGAGUAGAAAUUCUCCGGCCAAAUCUGAUUCUUCCGACAAGGUUAAUCAGACUGCAACAGUGACUGAAAAAACUCCGGUGCUCGCUAAUAUGAGCCGUAAUUCUCCGGCCAAAUCUGAGAAAAGUGCAGCUCAAAAAGUAGUGGCAUCAAACUACACCGCUUCAGGGCUGUCAGCUAAACAGGGGAUUGAAAGUUUGAUUGAAUCUUUGAUGAAUUGCGAUUUGUUUGAUGGAGGAUGGGUGAAGGAUAAUUCGUAUCCGCUUUACAAACCAGGGUCUUGUUCGUUUAUUGAUGAACAGUUUAGUUGUAUUAUCAAUGGAAGGCCUGAUAAAGAUUAUCAGAAACUGAAAUGGAAGCCUAAAGGCUGCACCUUGCCAAGAUUGAAUGGUGGUCACAUGUUGGAGUUAUUGAGAGGCAAGCGUCUCGUUUUUGUCGGUGACUCACUGAAUAGGAACAUGUGGGUAUCUCUAGUUUGCAUUCUGAGAAAUGCAGCGAAAACACCAAAAAAUGUUUAUGAAGCUCAUGGAAGAAGCUACUUUCGAGGGGAAGCUUCGUAUUCGUUCAUAUUCAAAGAUUAUAACUGCACUUUGGAGUUCUUUGUAUCUCCGUUCUUGGUCCGAGAAUGGGAAAUGCUGGACAAAAACGGAGCGAAGAAGGAGACAUUGCGGCUUGAUCUUGUUGGAAAAUCGUCUGAUCAAUAUAAAUCGGCUGAUAUCCUCAUCUUCAAUACUGGGCAUUGGUGGACUCAUGAGAAAACUUCCAAAGGGAAAGAUUAUUACCAAGAAGGCAGUCAUGUUUAUGAUGAACUCAAUGUUCUAAAGGCGUUUAGGAAAGCGUUAACAACGUGGGCUAGAUGGAUUGAUGCCAGUGUAAAUCCAACGAAGACCAUGGUGUUCUUCCGUGGUUAUUCUGCUUCUCAUUUCAGUGGGGGGCAGUGGAAUUCAGGAGGAGCAUGUGAUAGCGAAACCGAGCCGAUCAAGAACGAGACAUACUUAACGGCAUAUCCGUUAAAGAUGUUGGUGUUAGAGUCGGUGCUGAAGGGGAUGAAAACGCACGUCACCUACCUUAACAUUACUCGGUUGACUGAUUUCCGAAAGGAUGGCCACCCUUCAGUUUACCGGAAGCACCCAAAGCAGCAACUGAGUGAGGACGAAAAAAAAGCGCCUCUAAAAUACCAGGACUGCAGCCAUUGGUGCCUUCCUGGCGUCCCGGAUUCCUGGAACGAGCUUCUCUAUGCCGAGCUCCUCGUAAAAGAAAACAAGAUGCGACAACAUCAAAGGAGAGCUAGGUAAAAAUUAAAUCUUACGAACUUAGGUUAUUUUAUUUAUUGUUUCCCUUCCACUUUGAAAUUGUAGAAA